ACGAGCUGCAGAACAGGAGCCGAAGAGUUCCCGGAUGUGCAGUGGGACAGUGUAGAGAGUUAAUAAUGUCUGCUGAGCAUCUGGCCAAGAUUCCUGAAGCUGAAAUCGACCCGAACGGCGUGUUUAAAUACGUGCUCAUACGAGUGCACAGCAAAAGCGACGAGUCGUACGUGGACAUAGUGCGCGGCUACGCGUGGGCUGAGUAUCACGCUGAUAUCUAUGACAAGGUGUCUGGUGAGCUGGAGAGAGCAGGCGGUGUGGACUGUGAGUGUAUAGGAGGCGGCAGGAUCAGACAUGACAGCGCUAACAAAAAGAUCCAUGUCUACGGCUAUUCCAUGGGCUUCGGACGAGCCAAUCACGCCGUCUCUACGGAAAAACUGAAGACGCGAUACCCAGACUAUGAGAUCACAUGGGCAAAUGAAGGCUACUGAUUCACUGACCAAGAUUUUACCAUGGUGGCCAGUCCAUGAACAAUCCUCAGAUUUGAGCUGUUUAUGAAACAACAGCUUGUUCUCUUCUCUGCUUGAACAGGAUGGGAACUACGACCCAUCAGUGUGUGAUGUCUCAGAAGCUGAAAUCAAGGGAUUUCUCAUUAUGUUUACACAUUCAGUACCUUAUUAAUACUCUUUAUUUAUAUGUUUGUUCACUAAAAAAAUGGCCCAAAUGUGGUUUAAAGACUAAUUUUGUUAAAUAACACAAUGCUAAAGGAAUUAAAUUGAAUGAACUGCUAGCAGUUGUUAAGAAUUAUUAAACCAUAAUCAUGCCACACAACAAAUGAGCUUCAUAAGAAGAAAUAAAUUGUAUGUCUUAUGGAUUAUUUAGAAUUUUACUUUUGUAUUCAUUAUACACUUGAAAAAAUAAAGCUAAGACAUUAUGACUUA